AUGGAUGACAACCUGGCCAGGGUCCUUGAUAAAAGAAGGCCGAAACCUCCUUCCAAUGCUGGACCAACCCUCCAAGCCCAGAUCGUCCAGAUCGUUGCACAAGAUCUCUCGUUAGGCAUGCGGUGGAACUUCAUGCUAUAUGGCUACUAUUCCGUCGGACCCGGACCCGGACCCGGACCGGCGGGACGAAACAAGAACUCCAAGAUGUCCGGCCGGACCCUUUCUGCCUGCGACGUAUGCCGUCAGUCCAAGGUCCGGUGUACAGGAGGGAAUCCCUGCUUGACCUGCCAAUGGUCUCAAAGAAGCGGCAACUAUAGCCCCGGUGGCAGGCUCGGCCGGCCCAAAGGCAGCAAGAACAAGCGGACUUUGAUGCAGCAAAUCCUGAACCUGAAUAAAGAGCAGCCAUCCCUGACACAGACGGACACGAACAAAAGCACUGCGGAUGUCAUGCAGUGGAUUGGAUCCGGAGAGCAACAACGACAACAACGGCAGCAACGGCAGCAGCCACAGCUUGAACCCGACUUGAUCUCCUUUCGAGUUCGACUUGGAACAUGCAUUCGACGCCACAAUUGA